AUGUCUGAUUCGCGCCUCGACCAGUCCCUCGAGUCUAUCAUCAGCUCGAGGAAGCAAUCGACCCGCAAAGGCCGCGGUGGCCGUCGCCCAGAUGCUGGUCGCCCAGCUGCCACGGCUGCCCCCGUUGGCGGUGUCAAGAAGUCCACCAGGCAGCCCAAGCAGCCCAAGGCAGCUCCUACAGGCCCCGCCCCCACCGGCGGUGAGAGCAAGAUCAUGAUCUCCAACUUGCCGUUGGACGUUGAGCAAGGUCAACUUCAGGACUACUUUGCCUCUGCAAUUGGCGUUGGCCGGCCCAAGAGGAUUCUCAUGCAGUACGGGCCGAACGGCAAGAGCCUCGGAAGCGCAACUGUCAUCUUCAACCGCCCUGAGCAGGCUUCCAAGGCUACCACAGCCCUGAAUGGCGUCAAGAUCGACAACCGCCCUAUCCGCGUCGACCUCCUUGUCAGCGCUGCGAACGUACCCGCCCAGACAAAGCAGUCCUCCCUGGCUGACCGUGUCACACAACCAAAGAAGGACAAGCCCAAGCCAGCCACUACUGACAAAGCCGCCCCUUCUGCUGGAAAGGGACGCGGUGAGGGCACUCGAGGACGUGGAAAGGCCCGUGUUGGUCGUGAGCGCCAGAAGAAGAAGACGGUCGAGGAGCUCGAUGCCGAGAUGGCCGACUACUUCCCCACCGCUGACGGCAGCAACGAUGCCAUGGCUACCAACAGCGUCGGGGCCGCCCCAGCUGCCGUAGGAGGCGAUACCGCCAUGGACGAUGAGAUGCUAUAA